CUGUGUACUCUUGCUAUAACAUAACCUAAACCUUUUCAACUAAACAUUUUAAUAGAAGAAUUAAAAAUUAAUUCGCUCGUCUUGGUGUAAGUUUAUUUGAAAAUAGGUAGAUAAAUAACAUUUUAUAAAUAUGGAUGAUGAUGCAGAAACAUAUAAACUUUGGCGUAUUCGAAAAACAGUUAUGCAGCUGUGCCAUGAUCGCGGCUAUUUGGUUACCCAAGAUGAAUUGGAUCAAACACUUGAACAAUUCAAAGAACAAUUUGGAGACAAACCAAGUGAAAAACGUCCAGCGAGAAGCGAUUUAAUUGUCCUUGUAGCCCACAAUGACGAUCCAACUGAUCAAAUGUUUGUAUUCUUCCCUGAUGAAGCUAAAAUAGGAAUUAAAACAAUCAAGACCUACUGUACAAGAAUGCAAGAGGAAAAUAUACACAGGGCAAUAGUGGUAGUUCAAGCUGGUAUGACACCUUCAGCAAAACAGUCUCUUGUUGAUAUGGCACCAAAGUAUAUUCUGGAACAAUUCUUGGAAUCUGAAUUGUUGAUCAACAUAACUGAACAUGAAUUAGUACCGGAGCACAUUGUACUCACUCCCGAUGAAAAGCAAGAAUUACUAGCUAGAUAUAAAUUAAAAGAAAACAUGUUGAUGAGAAUUCAAGCAGGCGACCCUGUGGCGAGAUACUUUGGUCUUAAGAGAGGACAGGUGGUGAAAAUUAUCCGAUCUUCAGAGACAGCUGGGAGAUAUAUUUCUUACAGAUUAGUUUGUUAAGAUUAU